AUGUAUUCGGUAAUAGAGACUCCUCCAAGAGCAAGGUCAAAUUUAAUUGGUAGUUCAAGAAUUCCAAAAACACCUUCAAAAAGGUAUAGGCUGAAUAGAUUUCAAAGGAAUAAAUUUGAUACUUUGACACCAUCAAAAUCUUCCUUUAAUCUGAAUGCCAACCUAUAUUCAACAUCAUCAAAUAUUUACCAAGGGAAUGUCGGAACUGAUUAUUUGCCUAUCAAAUCAGGAUCUGAAUUUUUAUUUUCAAAUAAUACAAAUAAUAAUGAAAUCUAUGAUGCCUAUUGGUACCAUUCGGUUUCCAAUUCUAGUGGGAUAAUGUUUAAUCAAUAUAUGGACCCAAAUGAAGCAAUUCCGUAUAGACAAUUAGAUUAUUCGAAUUUUCAAUAUGAGUUUCCAUUCAUUAACAGCGACCAAUACUUUGAAAAUAUGACAUUUAUGUCAUCUCAAAUAAAUCAUAUAGAAACAGAUUGUAGGUUUAAUGGUUAUUUAUCAAAGCCCAAAUUAGUAAAUUCAAGAAAAUUAAAAAAGCUUAAUAGAGUUAGCCCCAAGAAGCCAAUUCUAAAGUUAACAAAGUCAUUAAAUCUAAUUGUGGAAUCUUCGAAGGGUACUAUUGAAGAUGCAACUUUAUUUGCUACUGAAAUUAACAAACGUACUGGAUUAUAUGGAAGCAAAUUACCAACAAUUUCUGAUGAACAUCAACAAGUUAUAGUGCCCAUAACUGUCACUAAAGAAGAUAGGGACAAUGAAUUAAGGAGAUUGCAUUUAUUCAUAGAGGAUACUAGUAAUCAAAUGGAUGAAACUACUGAUGAAAAUAUCAGGGUUGGUGAAGAUGGGUAUAUUGAAUCUUAUACAGCAAUUAUUAGGGGACAAAGAUUUGAAUUACUAAAUCAAAAAGAUUUAAGUGACAGAGUUGAUGGAAAUAUGAAAGUAUUAAAAUGGUCUGAGACCAUAAGGCAAGGUUAG